CACGGCGAUUUUGUUAAUCCUGCGUGAAUACUGGGCGGACACGUUACACGUAUAUAAAAAGCUCAAAUGAAAGUAGUUCUCAUAAAAACAAAACCAUGGAGGGACUGAGCGGGAAUUGCUUUGCCUCUCAUUGCAAGGAUUUCAUCUCUCACCCUGCACUGGGACGCCACUCUGGGAAUCUCGUGAAUCACCAGGGUACAGUGUACCCAGAUAUCACUGCACAAGAUAUCGGCCGGCAGUGCCCUGCGCACCAGGCCUCCUCGGGCACAUCACUGAGCUAUGGAUACCCAUUUGGAAGUCCAUAUUAUGGAUGUCGUCUUUCGUAUCCUCGCAACGUAAAUUUGCAACAGAAGGCAUAUUCCUAUCAUCCUGCCGAAAAAUGCAUGGAGUCAAGCAGUGCGCUGCCAGCUGAGGAACUUUCCAGCCGUUCCAAAGAAUUAGGUGUUUACCCAAGUUUUGCCAGCUCUUAUCAGACAGUUCCCGGUUUGGACGUCCCGGUUGUACCAGGAAUUAGUGCGCACCCAGAGUCACGGCAUGAAUCUUUCAUUCCUAUGGACAGGUAUCAGCACUGGGCAAUGUCGAACGGCUGGGAAGAGCAACGAUAUUGUUCUAAGGAACAAACACAUUUUAACAACCUGUGGAAGUCUCAGUUUUCGGAUGUGGUGCCACACCAGACCGAGAUUAAUGGGUUCCGUCGCGGUCCUAAGAAGAGAGUACCUUAUAAUAAGAUGCAAUUAAAGGAACUGGAAAAAGAGUACGCCGCCAGCAAGUUCAUCACCAAAGACAAAAGAAGGCGUAUCUCCGCCGCAACCAGUCUCUCGGAACGCCAGGUAACCAUCUGGUUCCAGAACCGUCGUGUUAAGGAGAAAAAGUUAGUUUGUAAAUCAAAGUAAAGUUCCCGCGUGCAUGUAAAUUGAUCACAAGUGGUGUUGUUAGCGCCAACACGUUCUUUAUUUAGAGUGAAUUGCCCUAAAGUGGGACACUUUCUUGUUUGUAUAAAAAAAAAAAAAAAAUUAUCCACACUAAUUUCUCAAAAAGCUGUCUUGCAGUUGCGCAGUAAUAGAGGUUUAGGACAGUUAGACAUCAUUUUAAUUAAAGAAUCAGGUGGUUUUACGUAUUCUGGAAUGCUUAAGCGGUCUGGUGAUUAAUUUAUGCUGAGGAAAGUGUCAAUUAGCUCAUCGGUUUAGUUUGGUCUGCGAUGUAUAUUGAUAUGGUGUAAACAAUUGUUCUUGUCUCAUUUGGUUUAGUUUUUGUUCUAACACAGAAGGUUUUGACUUUGAAAAAAAAAAACUGUCUAUCCAAACAUAAUGUCAUCCCAGAAUUGUUAAUUGUUUAAUAAGCUUUCUGUGUUAUUUUCUUACUAGCGUUUUUAUUCAAUUUAUUGCAAGUGCAUACAUGUCGGUAUUCUCGUGCUUUUUAGAAACAUAUUGAAUUGGGGAUGUGUAGUCGAUACUGAAGUAGGCUACCUUUCUCCUUUUUGUUCCCCAAAUUGCAACCUACAUGGACCUACCAUGUAUGAGUUCACAGUGUUUCUUGGUAACAUUGGCCAUCAAAUCGAAACUUUUAUUAUGUCAUGGUCCAUGGAACACACUGCACAUAAGUGACAAUACUGUACAGAAAAUAAGUUCAAUGACAAAGCAGUAAGUUUUUAUAUGGGUCAAAUUUUGGCACACGUCAAUUUCCAGAGGUCUGCCGUCUGCACUAUAUUUUGCUUUUCUUGGCAGAAAUGUUACGUUAUAAAAUGGCAGGGCACGGAUGCAUAUCACUGCCUCUAACAUGAGAACAGUGAAUCCAUAUUUAUUAUGUACCAAUUACUGGAAUGAGAACCUCGAUCAUAAGUUCCACUAUA